UGAUCUUAGAAUGAAUAUCAACACACCCGUGGUUUUUGAAGCUAGUGAUGUUAAUGAUGUGAUAGCAAGUGAUAACAAUCUGGAUUAUUCCUCACAAAGCACAGAGUCAACAGUUGAAACGAACUCUCAGGGUAGUGAGUGGAUUCCUUCAAGCCAGGAUUCAGAGACUUCUCCUAAUGCACUUAAAAGACAAGCCCUUGACAGUUUUCUGGAAAUGUGUGGUGUGAGUCCAGUAAAGAAAACUCUUACAACUUCAUGGCAAGACUCUUCAGAACGAACCAAGUCAGACUACAUUAGAAAGUCCAAACAGAUAUUUACAGAGGUCUUGAAGGUACUAACACCUGGUCAGGAAGACAUUGUGUCUGAAAUUGUACUUGCCAGUAGACAAGAAGAGACAGUCAAUAUGCUUGAGGUGGUUAGUCUAGCAUAUAAACAAGCAACAGAUUGGGGUACACAGCGCCAAAUUCUAUCUCUUAUUGCCACAGAGUACUCAUUGAAAGAAAUUGCCAGAUAUAUUCCAGAACUUUCAAAGUAUAAAUAUUCCAUGGCAAGGAAACAUUCACAGACAACUGGAUGUGGACAACCACACACUCAUACCAUAGAAAGAAGAGAACAUCUCUCAGACCUACAAAUAAGUCACUUUUUGGACUUCAUUAUGUCUCCAGCAGUAAUGACUGAUGUCCCAUUUGGAGAAAUACAUUUAAAGCUGUCAACUGGUGAAAAAAUUGAUGUGCCAAAGAUAAUUCUGAAUAGUGUUAGAAGUAGAGUAGUAGAGCAGUACAGAAGCUUUUGUAUGGAGUCUGAUUUUCAACAGUGUGCCAGUGACAGAACUUAUAUGAGAAUUCUUCAGGCUGUAGAUCCAAGUAUUCGAAAAUGUAUGAAAGGACUAGACAAUUAUGCAGCAGAAGGGGCUAAAGCAUUUGAAGAAUGCUGCAAGGUUGUGUCAACUCUUGGAAGAAUCGGAAUGGGGGCAGAGUGGACAGAAGACACAAAGUCAGCAAUGAUGGCCGCAAAACAAUAUCUUAAGAUGGAAUAUAAAAUGCAUGUAUCAAAUCAGAGUGAAAUUCCUGAUCAUUGCUGUCAGUUUGCAUUAAGUCUUGGCAAUGGAGAAUUUUCUAGCUUCUGUGGACAUCAACAUGACAAAUCAUGUAGUAACUGCGAAGGCCUGCGAAAAGCAAUAGACUCUAUUGAGAAUGCUGUUAAAUCUUCAAAAGUUCAGUAUGAAUCUGAAGACCAGAAAGAUGAGAUUCAGUAUACUUUUAGUCAGGGAUGUAAAGCAAUUGAAGAAUGGAAAAAACACAUUUUACGCACGGUUAAUCAAGAUGGAGCACGUACCGAGAUCCUCAGGAAUUUAUCAGAAGAUGAAGUCUUUAUAGAGCGUGAUUGGGCCAUGAAGUUUCUACCCAUGGUGUACAGGGAAUCUCAGUCUAAAUGGUUUGCCAAAAGAGGAAUCAAUUGGCACAUAAGUGUUGGAAGUUAUCUCAAGAAUGGAGUCAUAAAUAGCCAUACUGUAGUUCAUCUUUUUGAUAAUGCAACUCAGGAUGCUGUUACUUCAAAUGCUAUUCUUCUAGACACCUUGAAAAAGCUACAUGAAAUAAAUCCCAUGUUGAAAAAGGCAUACAUCAGAUCAGAUAACGCUGGAUGCUUUCACAGUUAUUCCUCAGUAUUUGGAAUAAUAGGCAUUAAUAGAGAAAGUCCUAUUUCUGUGUCAAGAGUUGACUUUGCAGAUCCUCAAGGUGGAAAAUCGAUCUGUGACCGCAGAGCUGCUCAUCUGAAAUCAACUGUAGCAAAGUAUGUGAAUGAGGGGAAUGAUGUGAGGACUGCUUCAGAGUUUCUAGCAGCAAUCAAGAACAGUAACUCUGUAAAUACGUCCAUUGUGGUAGCUACACCGUCAACUGCAAAACAGAAUGUCAAGGUUUUGAAACAGUGUCCCUUGAAAAACAUAACAAGUUUUUAUAACUUCUUGUUUAAAGCAGAUGGAAUGGAAGUUUGGAAACAAUAUGGCAUUGGCAGUGGUCAGUUUAUUCCAUACCGAUUUUGCUUUGAAGAUGAUGUAGAAGUGUAUGAAGUCGAAAUUGUUGAGAACUUUAACACAGUGUUAAGAUUAAAACCAGUAGUCAUGGGGAAAGAAAAGCUUGAUGAUAAUGCUGACAAUGUUGACCAGCCAGCAGCAAUGCAACCAGAUGAUAAUCAAGAAGCAUUCGAGAAUGGUCUAUUUUCAUGUCCUGAGACAAACUGUCGGUCUACCUUUACAAAGUAUGGAAAUCUGAUGCUUCAUCUUGAUAUUGGAAACCACUCGUUGAUAAAAAGUUCCCUUUUAUUAUCUGACAGAGCAAAAUUAUCAUAUUCUUCUAAGAUUGAGCAAAAAUGUAUCACAAUGCCACAAAUGGAUCCAAAGGAAAUUUUGUCAAAUACAGCAGAAUUGGAAAAGGGAUGGGCUUUGAAAUGCAAACGGGAGAUCAAGAGGUUCUCUGAAAGACAAAAAAGUUUCCUGAUACAAAAGUUUGAUAUGGGUGAUAAAAGUGGCAUGAAGUGUGACCCAGAAGAUGUGUCUGCUGAAAUGAGAACUGUCAGAGACAAAAAAGGAGUCAGAGUUUUUUCUGUUGGAGAAUUUUUAUCAGCGGCACAAAUAGCAAGUUAUUUCAGCAGGUUGUGUAUGCAGAAAAAGAAGAAAAGUGGUGAAACGUUAAAUGAAGAGGACUUUGAAGCUGCAGAAUUUGAAAAUAACUUUCAACAUCUGACGACUUUAGCAAAGCAGUAGUAGAUUGCCAUUUUUAUAAAUCUACAUUUUUUCAUACGAAAUGUAACACCAUAUAUAUUGUAACAUUAUUGUAAAAUCUGAUGCUUAAUGCAAAGUUCAACAAUCAUUUCAUACCAAAGAAGACUACUUGUUAUCUGAAAAACUGCUUGCUUAAAAUCACUGGAACUCUACUAGGAUGUUGAAUGAAAGAUCCUCACAAAAUUACCAUGACGCUGAAUGCAUGUGAAAGCAAGAAAUGUGUAUGCAUGUGAAAGGAAUAAUUUUGAUUGGAUGAAAUUGUAAAAUAUGAUUUAUGGUACAUUUUGAGUAUUCUUGUAUGCUAUUGUGAGACAAAAAAUCAAGUUUAUCAAAAUAAAUUUGAUAGGAAUCUCUCAUCAAUAAGAGUGUUGUAAAAAUGGUAUUCUGUUGACUUUAACGUUAUUAACUAAAUUAGGUCAUUGUAACCUAGAACAAAUGUUUGGAUGACUUAAUUGAUUUAUGUUACUUUAUCAUUUCAAUUCUUGUAGAACAACACUUCUUUCAUAAAGCAAAUGAAUUUGUACUGUUCUUUGUUUUUAUAUACCAACUACAGUUUAUUAUUCAGAUUCCUUUCUGCAAGAGCUAGUGUGUUGAUUAAGCUAUUGUAGAACCAUUUCCGAACUGUACAGUGUUUAACGGGGCCAUUGCCGAUAAUUAUAAUUUGUACUGCUAUUGACAACUAUUGUGAAAUUUAUAUUUUAAUGAUCACUUUUAAAUUAAUAAAAAAUAUACAAGUUGUUUAAUUGGAAAAUAACUUGACCUUUACAUCAGAUGUUGAAGUCAGAAAGUUGUCAUAAAAAUUUUUAUUACCUAAUCAAAGGGAUUUUGUUGUUUUAUUACAAAUUAAAUAUUUGCGUCUAUUUUGAACUGCCGGUCAAUAGACUGCGAUCUAUUGGACCGCCGGUCAAUAGACUGCGAUCUAUUGGACCGGCAACGUAUUUCAGAACGCGGUUAUGUUAAUGUUACAUUCUUUCGAUAGUUCUCAGGGAAUGAAUAUUCCUUUACAUAGACGCUGUUUUUAGUACUUGGUGAAACCAAAUUCAAUAUUAUCA